AUGCCUACCAUUCCGGAGGAUGCCCUAACUCAGGUCGACCGUGAUUCUCAGUUGAGUGGAGAGGGCGGAAAUGUGGAAGAUAUGCUUCUUAGUAUGCUAGAUGAGCGGGACAGAUUAAUGGUAGGAUUAAAAGAGGCUCGUGAGGAAUUGCAAGCUGUUCAGCUUCGUAUGCGAGACGUUGAAAGGGAAAGGGAUGGCUUGCAGAAACAAUUGUCAAGCGUCGUUCCCCCUGAGCAUCGAUUUGGGAAUUGCGCGCGUACUGCUCAUUCGACCUUGAAGUCGAAUGAGCAGUACCCAUUGACUACGCGUAUGGGACAGCACGAUAUUUUGGCUUGUACACGGGAGCUGAACGCAACAAAGGAAGAACUGGCUCAGCGUACAGAGGAGGUUCUAGAGCUAAAGGCAGAACGCAAUAAUACACGGCUUCUUUUGGAACAUCUUGAGUGUUUAGUAUCCCGCCACGAGCGCUCUCUGCGGAUGACAGUAGUUAAGAGGCACAACCUCACUGCUAUAACAAUCCCAGGCGGUGAUGACUACAAUGGAAAUGCAGCUGGCGGUUCUAGUGGAAUCAGCUCGGAAGUCGAGGUCCUUAAGGCCCUCAAAUCCCUCUUUGAGCAUCACAAAGCAUUAGAUGAGAAGGUACGAGAACGCCUCAAAAGCGCCAUCACACGCGCGUCGCAACUUGAGCAGGAACUUGCGGAGUUAAAAUCCAACUAUUCCAUCACGGAGGGGAAAUCUACUCCAGUCAAUGUCUCACAGAAAUGUACGGAUAAAUCGGACGCUGGUACCAUUACAGAUACGCCAUAUGAUCAAAGAAUGGCUUUACUGAGCCAGACGUCUCUUAAAGGAGCAAGUCAAGAUUGUUCUCUGGAUGGCUCGGAAAGCCUGGGACAACGUAUCACAGAACUCAUGGCGCAUAGCUAUGAACUCGAGCAGAAGUUAACUUCUUCCUCUCGUGAACUCUCGAGGGCUAAUAAUCAGAUAAGCCAACUGCACACAGAGCUCACUGAGUCGGAGAACAGGCGAACUCAACAGGAGGCAAAGAUCAUUAGUCUAGACCAGAAGUGCCUCUGUGCGCAACGCGAGAUCGCGGCCGCCCAGAAUCAGACUGACAAACUACGAACGGAGCUGGCCAGCAAAGUUACGCAACUAAAGCAGAUGGAAGAAAAGGUUGCUCGGUUGCAGGCGAGCCUUGAAAUAAUGGAGCAAUCAAAAGGCGGGGCAGGCUCAGGCCUCGUAGAAGGGAAUAAGCUAGAGCAGCAGGAAGAAGAGUGCGAUUUACCCUCUGUGACACAAUUCCAACAGCAAAUUAUAAAUCAGAAGAGCAAAAUCAACACAUUAGCUCUUCAACUAUCCAACGCACAGGAUCACAUCAAGGAACUGACUGAGCAACUGGAAGAUAGCAAUUCUGAGUUGGUCAGAGCUCACGAAAGGGAGAAGCUAAAUGAAGAACACAAUGAAAGGCUAUCCUCAACAGUUGAUACCCUGUUGCUGGAGGCCAACGAGCGUCUGCAGAGCCACCUUUCAGAGCGCAUGUCGGCGCUGCAGCAGAAGCGUGAUUUAGUCUGCGAAGUGGAGCGCCUACGCUCAGCCCUCGAGGAGGCUACCAGUGACCGCGAGGCGCUCACCAAGGAAGCCACGAAUCUGCGCCGCCGACUGACCGAGACUGCCGAUGGGGGGACGCUCCUCUCUUCACCUCUUGGACGCCAAAAGUCACCUGCUGACGGGAUAAGCAGCCUCGACACCAUGGACGCCCUACUUGCUGUUGAUCCUUCCGGACGUCUUAUUUGCGACCACACGGUUAGUGCGACAGCCACAUCUGUGGUCUAUUCGGUUCGUCCCAGCAUAAUGAGUUCACCCUCCAAGUCAGGGACAUUCAUCUCAAACUGUGUACUCAGUUCAGAUCAACCCGGUCCUGUUGCUGCAAAAUUCAGCGAAGCUUGUGUAGAGGAUCCCCUGAAUGGAAAAUCGAGUAAUGAAUACGCCAAUAUUCCAUGGUCAGUUGUCUAUGGCUCACUGUCACAGAACUACAGCCAGUCUCAACCGCCCUCAAUGCCUGAAAUGGAUACUUCCCACUCGCUCGCUAUUUCCAAGGGCCUAGGAAAUCAGCAGCAACAAUCUCAGCAGACAGAUCCGCAGGCUUUGGCCACGCUGAUUCAGCAGCAGCUUGAGGUGAUCAACGAUGAAAUAAAAAUGAUACAAGAGGAGAAGAAGAGCACAGACCAGCGGGCGAAGGAGCUGCGCUCGCGGGUGGGUGGCGGUUUGAGGCAUGGUAACCGGGACGCUGCCAUCUCCGCCUUUACCCCCUUUGAGACGGCAGACGCCGGCGCGCAGAUGGGCUGCUGGUCGCCCACCUCUUCCCUGGAGCACUCUACCUACAAGUCCAAUGCCUACGCCUCGGGCUCGUUACCUCGGCAGGCACCUCUGGGCCAGGAUUUAGACGUUGUCUAUAGGGAGGACGGAGACGCCGUAGUCCCUCCACCCAUGUCACAACUAAGGUCACAUCAACAUGGAUAUGACGCUAUAAUGCCUCAAAGCGCCUCACGCUCUACGCGCUGGAGCGCGAAUGAGAGCGGCACGCAAACGAUGCCCUCGCGAGUGCGCAACACCGACCAGCGGAACUACUCGGCAAUGCAGUUGCAGACAUCAAGAUUUCCUUCCAGUGGUACGACUCAUUUAACCGACCUCUUGGAGACCACCAACGCGUAUUCCCCUAGCGACACCAGACGUGGAACCCACGAGAAGGCUCGAAUAACCCAUCGAUCCGACGAAGUUUUCUGGUCUCCAUCAGAGUCUCAAAUAUAUCAAAAUACAAGGCUGCUGAAGUCACCCGACGCUGUGGCUCAGGUCGCGGGUGCGGACGCACGCGGGCAACGACAGCCAAGCGCUCGACAUCGGGUUAAGGAGCAGGAGGAAAAUGCCUUUGUACCUCACCCUAGCCACUGCGCGCACGAACCCUUAGUUCCUAGGAGACAAUGGAGUAAUGAAGACCCAAGUAUGCGUAAUGAUCUCAUCUGCUCAAAAGAAGAUUUGAUCGAGACGGCUCUGAGUGUGAAAAUACCCUUUGCAAUGUGGAAUGCUGCCACAGUUGUUGCAUGGCUUGAGCACUGGGUCGGCAUGCCAGCGUGGUACGUGGCGGCGUGUCGGGCGAACAUCACCUGCGGCGGAAUGAUAGCCUCACUCUCGGAUCAGGAGGUACAGCGUGAGCUGGGCAUAAGCAAUCCCCUGCACCGGCUGAAACUUCGUGUUGCCAUACAAGAGAUGAUCGCCUUUACCAACGCCGAUCCCUCUGAGCCUACCCACAGCACUGGCACACCACCCACCGACCUACCUCUCCCCCAGGCCCGUUUGAACCACGAGUGGGUGGGCAACGUGUGGUUGGCCAGCCUCGGUCUGACCCAGUACCGACGCCAGUUCAUGGAGUGCCUCGUCGAUGGUCGCAUGCUGGAGCAUCUGACUAAACGCGACCUGCGACUGCACCUCAAGGUGAUUGACGGCUUCCAUCGCCUCAGCAUCCAAUGUGGCAUCGCCUUGCUUAAGCGCUUCAACUACGAUCUCGAUGCCAUCGAAGAACGCCGACUUGCAUGUCUGAACAAGGACAAUGCAGACUUGAUUGUGUGGACGAAUGACCGCGUGACUAGUUGGCUGUCCUCUCUGGGCAUCACCAAUACGAGCAUCAGUCUCGACCAGUCGGGGCUGCACGGCGCCGUGAUUGCCCUCGACGCGGACAUGAACACCCCCACUCUAGCCAUGAUGCUGCAAGUACCGGAUUCAAACAUAGAAGCCAGGGAAUUGCUCGAAUAUCACCUCUUCAAUUUGGUUAAGCCGUAUCGAAGCUUACGCCUCUCCUACAUCAAUCUGGACAACCCGGCCUUUUCCUUAGAUGACAGAGGUGAAGACUAUCCUUGGGGGGAUGAGAAAACGGGGGAGAAGGGUGUACAGGUGGAGGAUCCGCGGGGACACAAAGGAGUGCCCCCUCGGGGACCACUCACUGAAUCGCCACACUCCGUCAGCACCAACAAGCCAGCUCUACCUUCUACCGGCUCCGCAAAAAGUCACAUCCACUAA